AUGGAGUUUAUGAAACUUUGCCAUUUUCUUCUGUUCAUCUUUCUGUUCUUUUCCUUCAUGUUCUCGCCAUCAUUCUCCCAGGCUUCCCUCCCUCAUCAGUGCCUAGACAACCAAAAAUUGGCCCUUCUGCGAUUUAAGAAUGAAUCCUUCUCAUUUUCAUCAUCCUCAUCUUCGAAAUCUGAAUCUUGGAAGCCAGAUACUGACUGUUGUUCCUGGGAAGGCAUCAAAUGUGACAACAACACUGGUCAUGUGAUCAGCCUUGACCUCAGUUGGGAUCAACUUGUUGGAGACAUUGAUUCUAACAGCAGCCUAUUCAAACUUCACAGCCUCAUGAGGCUCAACCUCUCCCAUAACUCCUUUCAUUUUUUCAACUUUAAUUCUGAGCUUUUUGGGUUUCCCCAGCUUGUGAAUUUGACGCACCUUGAUCUUGCCAAUUCAGGUUUUUCAGGCCAAGUACCUCUCCAAAUGUCUCGCUUGACAAAAUUGGUGUCUCUCAAUCUCUCUGACAAUCAGCAGCUAAAGCUUGAAAACCCCAACUUGAAAAUGCUAGUUCAAAACAUGUCCAGCUUGAGAGAACUCUGUCUGGAUAAAGUUGACAUGUCAACACGGAACGGCAACUGGUGCAAGGCGAUAUCUUCUGCAGCUCCUAAUCUUCUGGUGUUAAGGUUAUGGGACUGUUCCCUUUCAGGUCCAAUUGAUUCUUCUAUUUCAAAUCUUCAUCUUCUCUCAGAACUUGUGCUCUCAAAUAACAAUCUCUUGUCAGAAGUUCCCGAUGUCCUGACAAAUCUCUAUUCUCUGGUCUCCAUUCAACUUAGUUCAUGUGGACUGCAUGGUGAAUUUCCAGGAGGUAUCUUCCAGCUACCAAAUCUGCAGAUAAUUGACGUAUCAAACAAUCCAAACCUCUAUGGAUUGUUACCAGAAUUCCCUCAGCAAAGUGCACUCAGGGAAUUGUCCCUCUCAUGCACAAAAUUUCAUGGGAAAUUACCGGAGUCAAUAGGCAACCUUGAGUUUUUGACCAACUUAUAUCUUGACAAUUGUAAUUUCUCUGGAACACUCCCAAACUCAAUUGGCAACCUUACAGCACUUCAAUAUUUGUCUCUCUCAUCAAACUAUUUCAGUGGUUCAAUUCCUUCUUUAGCUUUACCAAAGAAAAUUACUGAUGAACUGGUGGAGCAGUCCCAUUUGUCUCCAGAAAGCAGGCUUCUGAACCUCAGGCUCCUUGAUUUGCGCAAUAACUCAUUUGAUGGUAUCACUGACUAUUCUUUGUUUACACUCCCAUCUUUGAAAGACCUUAUGCUUGGAAAGAACCGGUUUCAUAGUCUACCUGAUGAGGGUCCCUUCACACCCUCCUCAAGUUUGAGUUGGCUGGAUCUGAGUGAAAAUGAAUUCCAGGGCCCGAUUUCAAGACUGCUCACUGUGCUCACAAGCCUAGAAAUCCUUAAUCUUUCUUCCAACAAGUUCAAUGGCAGUAUGGAUCUGGGCAUGUUCUCUAACUUGACCAAGCUUCGUCAUCUUUAUCUAUCUCAUAAUGACUGGUCAAUAACUGCUAGUGCCAAUUUAACAUUUCCCCAACUUGUUUCUCUUCACCUAUCUCAUAAUCACUGGUCGAUGACUGAUAGUGAUGAUUUAGCCUUUCCCAACCUUAAGAUGUUGAAGAUGCGUUCAUGCAAUGUAACAAAAUUCCCAAGUUUCUUGAGAAACCUUCACAGUAUGGAAGCUCUGGACCUUUCCAGCAAUGGAAUCAAUGGUCAAAUACCCAAUUGGAUUUGGAGUAGCUCUUUGAUCGGUCUGAAUCUUUCCCAGAACUUGCUAACGGGUUUAGAUCGACCUUUGCCAGAUGCCUCCUCACUUCAAAUGGGAGCUUUGGAUGUUCAUUCCAACAAACUACAAGGUUCACUUCCAUUUCUGUCCCAGCAGAUUGAAUUUCUAGAUUAUUCUGAUAACAAUUUCAGGUCUGUCAUCCCAGCUGACAUUGGUUCAUAUCUCUCCAAGGCGUUCUUCUUUUCAGUUUCAGGCAAUAACCUCAUUGGAAAAAUCCCCACAUCAAUCUGCAGCGCCAGGAAACUUCAAGUUCUUGAUCUGUCGGAUAACCAGUUGAAUGGUACAAUUCCUACAUGUUUGGGGAACUUCAGCAGUGAACUAUUAGUACUUAAUCUAGGCGGGAACAAUUUGCAAGGAACCAUGCCUUGGAGUUAUGCAGAAACCCUAAGCACGCUUGUGUUCAAUGGAAAUGGGUUAGAAGGAAAGGUUCCAAGAUCUUUGUCAACUUGUAAAGGAUUGGAAGUUUUAGACCUUGGAGACAACCAAAUACAUGAUACCUUCCCGUUCUGGUUGGGGAAUCUACCACAGUUGCAGGUUCUUGUCUUGCGCUCCAAUAAGUUCUAUGGUCCCAUAGGAUAUCCACAAAACAAGAAUGUCUUUCCUAUGCUUCAUGUAAUCGAUAUCGCUUCCAAUGAUUUCGUUGGUCAUUUGCCAUCAGAAUACUUUCUUACUUGGACGGCAAUGAUGAAAGUGGAUGAGGGAAAAUCCAAAGUGCAGUACCUGGGAGUGAGUGCAAGUUAUUCUUAUUACAUCACAGUGAAACUAAAAAUGAAAGGAGAAAACAUGACACUAGAAAGGAUCCUAAAUAUUUUCACAUCCAUCAACCUCUCCAACAAUGAAUUUGAAGGAAAAAUUCCAAAGUUGAUCGGAGAACUCAAGUCACUGCACGUCCUGGACUUGUCCCAUAACAAUCUUGAUGGCCCUAUUCCCUCAUCGCUCGAAAAUCUACUCCAACUUGAGUCAUUAGAUCUCUCACAUAAUAAGCUUUCAGGAGAGAUCCCUCAGCAACUUGUAAGGCUGACAUUCCUUUCCUUCAUAAACCUGUCAGAAAACGAACUCCAAGGAUCUAUACCAAGUGGUGCACAAUUUAACACAUUUCCUGCAGGAUCCUAUGAGGGAAACCCAGGGCUAUGUGGGUUUCCAUUGCCCACGAAGUGUGAAGCUGCAAAGGAAGCACUGCCCCCAAUUCAGCAACAGAAGCUGGAAUUGGAUUCCACGGGUGAAUUUGAUUGGACAGUGCUACUAAUGGGAUAUGGUUGUGGACUAGUAGCAGGGUUGAGCACGGGAUACAUCUUAUUCUGGGGAAAUGGAUUCAUUGCUGAAAGUAUUACAACAAAAAUGCAACAAUCACGCUUGAGAUCAAGCCAGCGAAGGAGGAGUUAG